UCUAAUUAUCUGUGGGAUGAUGGUGUGACAGCAUCAUCUGAGACCCGAAUGAGUCAUUUCUGGAGAGAAAAUGAAACCUGCAAUGAUUCAGCGAUAAUUCCCUCCUAAAUUGAGGAUCUAAGGAUGAAGCACAAAUACAAUGCCCUCUGCAAUGCCUCAGCCAGUGGAAACAUAGAGAAAGUGUUGCUUUUGCUGCAAGCUGGAGCUAAUGUUAAUGGUCUAAACAGAUUUGGGAGAACUGCUUUACAGGUGGUGAAACUGGGGCACAGCGCACUAGUUGAGGCGCUCCUGGACAAAGGAGCUGACCCCAACGCGCUCGACCCGGUGCGGCAUCUCAGCGUGACUCACGACGCAGCUCGAGAAGGCUUUGUGGACACCGUCCGCGUGCUGAUUGACCACGGGGCUGACGUCAACCGCGUUGACCAGCAUGGGAACCUGCCGCUUCACCUGGCCGAGAGGGAGGGACACCAGGAGGUGGUGAAGCUGCUCCUGGAGCACACCGCGGACCCCAGAGGGCCAAAUACGCGGAGCGAGCUGCGCCCAUGAUGGCGCAGGGCCACAGACUUGGGACAUGGUCAGUGAAGAUGAGGAUCUGAGGUUUAAUCCAAGAAAAAUAAAAUAAACGUAUUUUUUUUAAGCAUUUUCUUGUAGGGAAAUCUUACAUAAUAAAAGCCAAUAAAUUGGCAGAAGAGUUUAGCAUAGAAAAUAAACAUUAAACGUUUCAAUGUUUUUGUCAAUAAACACUUCUGACAUUUAAGUUACUACAGCUGUUUAUUACACCUGGGUAAUCUACACUUACUGGGACAAUGAAAACUAAUUAUUCCGUAGGUGCAAGAAUUACAUAAAACAAGCAGCAAAAAUGCAAGGAGGGCCAAGAAAGCAUUAAUUGUAAUAG